UUGGGCUUCGCGGCACCCUCUGGCCCCGAGUCAGACUCCUGCUCCACCUUAAUCCAGAGUCGCUUCUUCGGCUUCUUUCUGUCUUCUUCAGUGUUCCCCACUGUGCCUUGCUCCUGGACCCUGCAGAAUCCGGAUCCGAGACGCUACACCAUCUUCAUCAAAGUGACCAAACCCACGGCGGACUGUGUGCCCUCACAGCUCCGCACGUUCCAGUACGAUUCCUUCCUGGAAACCACACGCACUUACCUGGGCAUGGAGAGUUUCGACGAGAUUGUGAAGCUGUGCGAUCGCUCCACCUCGGUGGCCUUCCUAGAGGCCGGGAAGCAGUUUCUGCAAUUGAGGAAGGGGCUUCCACCAGCCAGGGCCUCCAUCGUAUCCAGUGAUGGAGAGUUUAAAACCGAGUACCUCGUGGUGGGGAAGCGGAACCCCAGCAUGGCCGCCUGUCAGAUGCUGUGCCAGUGGCUGGAAGACUGCUUGGCCUCCAGUACGUCCAGCAGACCCUGCGGCAUCAUGCAGACCCCGUGUCUAUGCUGGGACCCGCCGCCGCAGUACAAUGAGGGCGAUAGCUGCUAUCGCAAUGGAGUUUACCUGGAGAACUGUUUACCCAACGUUAAAGAGAGCGGGAAAGAUGUGGAAACCGCUGGUGGCUGGAGUGUUUGGGGGCAGUGGGCACAGUGCAGCAGUGAGUGCGGAGGUGGGAUCCAGACCAGGACCCGGUCCUGUCAGUCCCCCCCUGAGGAGUCGUUUCUGUGUGAAGGUGUAGUGGAGGAGGGACGGCCGUGCAACUCGCAGUCAUGCACUGGCAAAGGUCGCCAUCUCUCUCGCAGCCAAUCGCUUCGCUCUGUGGACAGCCGCAAGCGCGACGAUGCAGACAAGCCCCGCGGCGGACAGAAGAGCCCUCAGACAGAAGACUCAGUUUCAGGUGAGGAGUGGUCAGCGUGGAGUGUGUGUUCUGCCACCUGUGGGGAGGGCUGGCAGAGUCGCACUCGUUUCUGUGUAUCCUCCUCCUACAGCACCCAGUGUAGCGGGCCACUGCGAGAGCAGAGACCCUGCAACAACUCAGCCGUUUGUCCAGUGCACGGCACAUGGGACGAGUGGUCGCCGUGGAGUUUGUGUUCAUCCACCUGUGGGCGAGGUUACAGGUCCCGAACACGGACCUGUACGCCCCCGCAAUUUGGGGGCGAUCCCUGCGAUGGACCAGAGAAACAGACCAAGUUCUGCAACAUAGCCGUCUGUCCAGUGGAUGGAGUCUGGAAUGAGUGGUCCAGCUGGAGCUCCUGUUCUGCCUCUUGUUCCAAUGGGACCAUGCAAAGAACCAGGGAGUGUAAUGGUCCCUCGUACGGGGGCUCUGAAUGCAGAGGGGAGUGGCUGGAGACGGUGGACUGCUUCCUUGGGGAGUGUCCAGUGGACGGGAAGUGGCAGCCGUGGUCCCUAUGGUCUGGCUGCUCCAAAACCUGUGGAGGAGGCACCCAGCAGAGAAACAGGGUUUGUUAUGGGCCCUUUUUUGGAGGGCAGCCUUGCCCCGGAGAACGCGAGGAAGUGCGUAGCUGCAAUGAGAAGAGAUGCCCAGAACCUCAUGAAAUAUGCGGCGAGGACAACUUCUCUAACGUGGUUUGGAAGAUGACUCCUGCCGGGGAUACGGCAGCAGUUCGCUGUCCUCCCAAUGCCAUGGGGCUUAUCCUGCGUCGCUGCACCCUGGACGAAGAAGGCAUUGCCUACUGGGAAAAUCCCACCUACAUGAAAUGCAUUUCCAACGACUAUCGUAGUAUACAGACCUUGACUCGGGAGCAUUUGUCCAAAGCACAACGAGGCCUUGUGGCAGACGGGGUUUCAGAAGUGAUGAGCAAGCUGAGGGUCACAUCCAGCGAUGGGACCAGCUACAGCGGGGAUCUGCUGGCCAUCUUAAAUGUGCUGAAAAACAUGACGGAGAUCUUCAGGAGGGAAUACUACAGACCCAGCAGUGCAGACAUGAGGAAUUUUGUGCAUUCGGUCAGUAAUCUGUUGAUGGAAGAGAACAGAGACAGAUGGGAGGAAGCACAACUGCUGGGGCCCAACAUCAAAGAGCUGUUCCGUCUGGUGGAGGACUUUGUGGAUGUCAUUCGCCUGAGGAUGAAAGAUUUCCAAGACAUUUAUGAAGUCACCGAUAACCUAGUUCUGAGCAUCCACAAGCGUCCAGUGAUGGGCCACGCCGACAUCAACUUCCCCAUGAAGGGCUGGAGGGGCAUGGUGGACUGGGCCCGCAGCUCCGAGGACCGGGUCACCAUCCCCAAGAACAUCCUGUCCACCGGCAAGCCAGAUGCAGACGACUCCUCCACGUUUGUAACGGGCAUCGUUCUGUACAGAAACCUGGGCAGCAUUCUGUCUCUGCAGAGGAACGGAACUGUCCUGAACUCCAAGGUUUUGUCGGUGACCAUCAAGCCCUCGCCAGCUUCUCUCUCAGCUCCCGUUGUGGUUGAGUUCUCGCAUUUGUACAACGGCACCACCAAUCAGACAUGUAUAUCCUGGGAUGAAAGUGACAGCUCCUCUCUGCUGGGAUCCUGGUCUGCCAGGGGCUGCAAAGCGGUGCUAGUCGACUCAUUCAGAACCAAAUGCGUGUGUGACAGGCUGUCCACCUUCGCCAUUUUAGCGCGGCUAAAUCCCGAAAUGGGCGUCAUUGUCCUUACAUAUCAACAGAGCCUCCCUCCCCGAAUCCCCUCUCCUUCCUUCCCUCCGUAUCGACGUGUUCCUAAAGGAUUCACAAAGGCAAAGGGAUAUGGAACACCGAGCUAUUGCUGGUUGUCUUUGGAAGGAGGUCUUCUCUAUGCAUUUGUUGGACCUGCUGCAGCUGUAGUCUUGGUUAACAUGGUUAUUGGGAUUCUCGUUUUUAACAAACUGGUGUCCAAAGACGGCAUUACUGAUAUGAAACUAAAGGAGAGGGCGGGUCAGAUGACAGUGCCACUGUACAAUAUGACGCUCAAAUGUGCCAAGUGCGGAGUUAUCUCUUCGGCUGACGUUUCCACCACAGCUACCAGUAAUGCCAUGGCCUCGCUGUGGAGCUCCUGUGUGGUUCUGCCACUCCUGGCCCUCACAUGGAUGUCAGCGGUCCUGGCUAUCACAGACCGGCGCUCAGCCCUCUUCCAGAUCCUUUUUGCUGUGUUUGACUCACUGGAAGGCUUCGUCAUUGUCAUGGUUCACUGCAUCCUCCGCCGAGAGGUUCAGGAGGCGGUAAAGUGUCGCGUGGUGGAUCGGCAGGAAGAUGCUAAUGGAGAUUCAGGAGGAUCUUUUCAAAAUGGCCACGCUCAGCUCAUGACUGACUUUGAAAAAGAUGUGGAUAUGGCCUGCAGAUCAGGCACCAUGAAGCGCUCAUCCCUCCAAGGAGAGGAGAAGGCUUCCUCUGGGGCCCUCACGCUCCAAAAGGGUUCCAACUUUAACACCAUGCCUGCCAGCAUGGCAAAGGUUCACCUCCAGAACGUGGCUGACUACACCAACCACACGCUGACUCUGCGCAGGGACAAAGGCGCCGCCAAGGGAAUCAGCACAGAGCUGCCGGGCGCCAAAUCCAUCUAUAUCUGUGACGGGGAGCUCUUCAAGCAGCUGGAUGGAGAUGUGCCCCGGGGGAAUGGUGAAGGCAGCAGCUCUGAGGGAGCUGGCAAAGGCCCAGGGUACGUCAUUCUACCAGCAAAUAACACAGGAACCCUUAAACCGUCAAAGGGAAAAGAAGAUCAGACAGCCAAGUAUAACCUGGGCCUGGAGCAGCUGCCUCAGACCAGGCUCAUUCACCUGGCUAACCCUGUGACCGGAGAGCCAGUGCCUGGCUUUGGGCUGAAGAGCCUGCCCUCUGACCAGGUCAGUGUGUCGUGCUCUGACAGAGACUCACCUGCACACAAUCUGCAGAACGUGCCCCGAGACCCCCAGGUGGCCGGCAACAUGUGUGAAGGGGGAGACUCUGGCCACUCCGGUGUGAUGUCCAAAAGUGAAACCGUCUCUACGCUGUCCAUGAGCUCACUGGAGAGACGAAAAUCACGCUAUGCAGAGCUUGACUUUGAGAAAAUAAUGCACACCCGGAAACGCCACCAGGACAUGUUUCAGGACCUGAACAGGAAGAUUCACAGUGCAGACAAGGAUAGAGAAUCUCCACCUGUUGAUGCCAAAGCUGCCAAAAGAUGGAAUAAGAUCACCACACUGAAAUUGUGA